CCCCGCCAGCUCAGCAGAGCCCCAGAAGCUGCAGCGUCUGCAUCCUCCUGCCAGCUCUCAGUCCUCUCCCCAUACUCGCCGCCGCAGCAGCAGCCGCGCGCACUCCGUCCCCCCAGGGGCCAGGGAAGGCGCGAGGAGGCGGCGCGGGGAUCGGAGGAAAGGAAGCAGGGAGGGAAGGAGGUGGAAAGAAGCAGAACACCUGAGGCGGUGGAGGAGGAGAAAAAGGAGGAAGAGAAAGAAAAGGAGAAAGAGAAGGAGAGAGCGGAAAAAGAGGAGGAGAAGGAGGAAGAAGAGGAAUAGGAGAGACGGGAGGCGCUGGCGAGGCUGCAGUGGUCGCGCAGAGAUGUGGCCCUUGGUGGCAGUGCUCCUGCUUGGCACCGUGUGCGGCGGUUCUGCACAGCUGACAUUUAAUUCAACGAGAAUUGUGGAAAAAACUAUUUGCAAUGAAACUGUUAUACUUCCCUGCAUUGUUAGUAAUCUAGAGUUGAGGAAACUUAAAGCCAUGUAUGUAAAAUGGAAACACAAAGGAAAAGAAAUUUUUACAUUUGAUGGAGUUGAUAACAAGUUCAAUUCCAGUGAUGAUUUUAAAAGUGCAACCAUUGCAUUUUCACACUUAACAGAAGGAAAUGCCUCUUUGCAACUUAAAGCAAGUGAUGCUGUCCCUGGGAAUUACACUUGUGAAGUUACAGAAUCAAAUAGAGAAGGAGAAAUCAUAGUGGAGCUAAGGUAUCAUAUGGUUUCAUGGUUUCACCCAAAAGAAAACAUUCUCAUCGUCAUCUUUCCAAUUUUGGCUAUCCUGCUUUUCUGGGGACAAUUCGGUAUUGUGACACUUAAAUAUAAAUCCAACUGUACAAGCGAAAAAACUAUUGGAUUAAUUAUUGCUGGAUUAUUCCUUACUGUGGUGGUUAUUGUUGGGGCCGUUCUCUUUGUACCAGGUGAAUAUUCUGUGAAGAAUGCUUCUGGACUUGGUUUAAUUGUAAUCCCUACUGUGACAUUAGUGGUUCUCCAAUACUGUUUAUUUACAACAGCUUUUGGGAUGACCCUGUUUGCCAUUGGUAUAUUGAUUCUGCAGUUUUUGGGUUACAUACUUGCUGUCAUUGGACUAAGCCUGUGUAUCACAGAGUGUUCCCCUACACAGGGUCCUCUAAUGAUUUCAGGCUUGGGCAUUAUUGCCCUUGCAGAAUUGCUUGGUCUAGUUUACAUGAAAUUUGUGGCUUCCAAUCAGAAGACUAUACCACCGUCUAGGAAAGCUGUAGAGGAACCCCUUAAUGCGUUUAAAGAGUCAAAAGGAAUGAUGAAUGAUGAGUAAUUGAAAAAGAAUGAUGGACUCUGAUUUGGAGGAUAGUAAGAUGUGAAUGGAAUAUUCUUGUGCUCAGACACCAUGACCUGGAUUCACUCACUGAAGAAAAGGAGGAAAUUCACUGGUUUUCAUCUCUGGGGGGGGGGACCCCACCACCACCCAUAAAUGAUUGCUACAGUUAAGUUUAUAUUCAAAACAGCUGUAAUUUAGUUAAUAAAAGAAUUAUAAAGAUAUGUAUUGUAUUACCCCAUUGACAACUAGUUUUGGGGAAAUCAUUUUGAUUUAUUGUUCAAUAGGGACAAAUUAGAAGUGGUACCUUUCCAGAAUGACACCUUUAUUAAACCCCGUGUCUGUAUUUCCUGUAACCUACUGGGGUUUUCUAAACUGGUAAAAGAUGAAAUUGACCCUGUACGACUUGGUGGCUGCUUCAAGAAGUCUAUGAGACAUGAAAAUCAAUGGUUUCCAUCUGACUUUGCAGGAUAGCAUUCCUAGGAGCACGUUUGGUAGACUGUGUCCAUUGGGUCAACUAUUUUUGCCAGUUCUGAGUCAAGAGAAAUAGAGCUUUUAAGAGUUGGGUUGAAGUUCCUUGCAUCUUGCAUUGCCACCUACGUGUCUGUCAUAUGCUUACCUGUGUGGAUGGGAUCUUCAUUCUGGGGGAGUUACCACUCUUGCAGCUUCGCUGAACGUGAAAUGUAAUAGUCAAGAGCUUCUCUAGAGCCAGGGUGAUCACUUAAGACCCUGCAGCUUAACCUUGUGAUUUUCUUAAUGGUUGGUUUGUGGUUUUUUGUUUUUUGUUUUUUUCCUUUUAAAUCCUGUCUUGUCCUUUUAAUUGCUUCUGUCUUACAAAAUGUUGAGUCUUUCCUCUUCCUUGCACCAGGUCCUGUGACAUACUCCAAUCUAGUUGCUGAAAGGGAUGGGUCUUGUUCCCAGAGCACUGCUUUCCAGUCUUAAUUUUUUGGCAGAAAUAACAUGAGCAUUCCCUUCCCCCUGGACUGAGGGUAUCAUCCAGUGUUAUUUCACGUAUUUUUUGGUCUGGGGCAUGAAAAACCAAGAUUGAGAUUUGAGCUUUGAUCCCCUGCAUGGCAGUACAGUAUAGUGCAUCACCAUCAGGCCAGCUCCUCCAGAGGGCCUUUUUAAAAACUACUGUUGUAUCUAUGUUGCAUGGAAAAACAACUGACCACCAUCAUCUUCCUGUAUUCCCUCCUCAGUCUCUCCCUUCUCUAAGACUAAAAAAUUAAAACAAAAAAACAACAAAAAAAACCCCACCCCACUUUUCCUGCCUUACCCCGGUUUGAAGUUUAGCGUUAUGGCAGCUGUGAUUGCCUGUACUUUUAGAUAUUAGCACUUGUUUUUACCUUGUUCAUGUGUCUAUGUGAGUGAAUGUGUGUAUGUGUGAUAGGCACAUGCUUGUUACAUGUGGACACAAUUGAAGUGAAUACAGAACAAAUACUGAUUUUCUACUGUCAGUAGAAUUAUUUAAAACAAAGGUGUUUAUUAGAUAGGACUGGUCAUUAAAAUAAUUUGAUAAUUAAGAAAAAGUCAAUUGUCCAGCUUUAUGACUGCUUAUCAAUACCCUUAAGUACCAGCCAUUUUCCCCUUGUUUGUAUACUAAGCAGUCAUAUCUGUGGUUGCAUUGAUGAUAGUUACUUCUUAGUCCACUGAAUGUUCUCAUGUGCCUCUUUUGUAUGCUAGUUCAAUACUACUCAACUUAAUUUUCAUAUUUCAUGUUGGGACCAAGUGGUUUGUCCUUGGCAAACCAAAAUUUAAUGACCUUUUGAUGCCUCACAAAAAAAAAAAAUAUCAAAAUGCUUUUUACAAAGCCAGCUCUAUUUUUCUUUUAUACUUUGUCUUUUUUUUUCUUCCCAUCCACCCUUUGUGGUAUUAUUCAAAAUAUUGGCAUAGAGGAGCUGGAUUGCUGAGAGUACAUCAGUUCUUGCUGCUCUUCUUCUCCCUGAGUUAUUUCUCUUUUGGGAGGAUACUGGGGAGGGGGGAAGAUCAUUGUUGAUAAAGUUGAAAAAUAGUUAAAGCAGGUGAAUUUGCAAAAGUCCAAAUCCCCCCCCCCUUUCUUUUUUAGAAAAUAGCCAAGCAUGAGGAUUUUCCCAGUGAAUUUCUCACUGAACUGCCAUUGUCCCUUUUUUUCCUUAAAUAUGCAGUGAAAUCUCAAUAAUUCAGGGACAGUUAUGCAGGAAGUAUCCUUGCUUUUAUAUUCUCCCUAUUUCUUCCUGCCUUUGGGGCUUUUCACUGCCACCAAAGCAACUCCAUCAGAAAGUGGCAGAGGAGAGAUUAUGAAGAGAAAACUAAGUGAAUCAGUCAUAUUUUCCUAAGGCACUUGGUACUAUGCCUGGCACACAGGUGCUCAAUAAAUGCUAGCAGCUCUGGAAAAAGUUUGAUUGGGGGAGGAUAUUGAAACCACCAGCCAGAGUUGUUUUAAAAUUUUUUGUUUAAUUUUUUAAAAAUGAAUUCUUGUUGUCUUCCUUAGUUUCCAUGUUGUAUUCCUCUUAGUAUUUUUUUUUUAUUCCUGCCUCCAUAUUUUCCAGGUCCCCCUCCUGUUUCUCCAUUCCCAUGUGGUUACUUAACUCCAUGACACCUCAAGUACUAAAAUAUACUGAGCACCUAUUGUUUAGCUUUUAUUUUUGUUAAACACAUUUCCCCAUGAGAGGAGCCAUGAAGUGGAAAGAGUACUGAACUGGGAAUGAUGAGACCUCAGAUCUCUUCUGCCACUGUGUGACUAUGGGGAAAUCACUUCCCUGAGCCUUGAUUUGCUCAUUUGUAAAAUGGGGUAUGGAUUAGAUGAGAUGAUUUCUGAGGUUUCUUUCAGCAUUAUCUCUAGUUAAGUUUUACUCAGCUCUCCAGCAGCUUUCUUGGCUGUUAUUAGCUUUUCCCAUUCUAUGUGGUCUGGAUUCCUCAACAGGAAUCAUCUUCCUCAGUUGUCAUUUUGAUCAAAUAGUUCUCAACUGAAACAUGUUCCUAAUUAUCUUAAUGCUUCAGAGUUCCUAAUGGUUUCUCCCACCCUCUUUAUUUAUCAGUCUUUUCUUUCUUUUUUUUUUAUCCUGUCUCCAACCUAUCCUUGGACAUCCUUAUUGUGCCUCUGGGUACAAUUCCUUCACUCCCUUUUUAUGACCUUUCUAGCAUUUAAGCCCUUACCUACAAAGUGUACUCUUCCUUCUCUUUCCCCCUCCCCCAGAUUCAUAGAUUUAUUGAACUAUCAGGUUUUUUGCUCCAUUCAGCUCUUUUCUCUAUCUUAUCCAACAAAAUCACCAGUUAUUUAGUACUUAUGUGUAUGUUUGUUUGAUUUUAUAGGUGUUCUUUGUUUUGAGUAAAUCAAUAUAUGAAAAUUUGGAAAAUAAAUAUGAAAAGUAUUCCUCUAUUUAAAGAAAUUUCUUUUAAAUAGGGAAUUCCUUUUGGUGAAUUAUUCAAGAAUAAUACAAUGGGGUACCUUUAGAUGGGGCAGAGCUGCUGCAUUUCAAAAGACACACACACACACACACACACACACACACACACUCAUAAUGCACAUUUAGGUAUUUGUCCUAUAUAUUUCCCACUAGAUCUUCCAGGAGAAUAAACAGUCUUUUUCUUCCUUUCUCCCCAUAGUGCCUAGUUUAGUGCUUUGCACACCAUAGAUGGUAAUUUGACCAGGUAAUCCAAGAGUUGGCUAUAAAUACAUUUCCUCCUCUUCCCCCCAGUACUCUUAUUAAGAUGAAUACAGAUUUGUAGUAUGGAAAUCCUAAAAGGUGAUUUUUUUUAAACAUGAAAAGUAUAGGUCAUCUGAAAAAAAAUUCUUCAAAAUGUUAGAACUUUCAAAAAUAUAGGCGUUUUCUUGUCAGUGUGAAAGAAAUAAAUGGCUCCCCAUUUAGUAAAUGGCCAAUUUAAAAACACUUAAAUAGUCCCCUUGAGGUUUGAGAGAGUAGGGGUAGAGUUCCAUGUCCUCCUUUCCAAAUUCUUUUCACUUUUCUAACUAAAAAAGGAAUUGGGCUUCAGUAGUUUGUGUUGUCUCUAUUUAAAAAAAAAAUCCAUACACUGUUGAAAACAGAAAACUAUAGGGCAGCUCUGUAUGAUUUUUACUUGUUUUUUUAUUUUGUUCAAUUGGGGUUUUUUAUGUCUAUUGUGUUUAUGUGCAUAUUGUGGGGGAAAAUCACAAAUAGCAAUCAUUUACUGCCACUAAACCCAUAUGGACACAGAGUUUGACUGUUCUCAACUGCCAAUGAGUAUAAUCCCAUUAGUCUGUGGAGGGAGGGGGGCAGCAUGGACAGUAGUGAACAGAGAGUUUCCUGGAUGCUAGAAUGUUAGUGCCCACCUUAUUUGGAGGGAGCAUGUGCCUGACCUUUUAAUCAUAGUGGUUAUAUACUCUGACUUUAUUUAAAAUGUUUCUCACAAAUUCAGGCUUUCCCCCCCAAAAUCACCUUUAAUGGACUUCCUUGUAAGGCAACAGCAAUGGAUUCUAAGUCUUGUGAUUAUGGUUGGUGAGGGUGAGAAGCAGGUUUUUAUUUUUAAUUAAAUGGAGCAUCAUUUACAAAAAGCCAUUGUCAAAAAUUGGAUCCCAUGUGUUGUAAAUAUCCAUUAACCAUUCUAAAUGAAGAAAAAUUCAGUUUUGCUAUGUACAAAGGCCCUUCCGGGGGCUUUUCUGGAUAGCAAUUAAAGGUGUGCUAUUUGUCAGUAGCCAUUCUUACAGUGAUUUAAAAACCAAAGUUGUUUUACAGCUGUGUUGUAACUGUCAGAGGUUUUUGUUUUUUUUUUUUAAUGUAUUAAAUCGAUUUAUCACUGUUUGAAGCUUUGAAAAUCUGCAAUCUUUGCCAAGGUAUUUUUUUUAUUUAAAAACAUAACUUUGUAAAUAUUACCCUGUAAUAUUAUAUAUACUUAAUAAAACAUUCUAAGCUGUUUUGGUGAGCUGCCUAUAUUACCACUGUAUUGAACUACACAAGUACAAUCGUGCAAUUUGAAGGGAUGUGAAUUUUCAGAGUUUUAAAUAAAUGCUGAGAAUGAGACAGUGAUUGGAGGGGGAGGGAAUAAUUAUUGAUUUCUAGAUAUCAUUUCAAAAUGUAUGAGGGAGAGUUAAUAGCCAAGAUGAAUCUCCAUUUUUCAUAAACAUAAUGUAUGUAUUACUACGUUACCUCAGUAUAGUUGAAUGUGUGAUGCUUAUAUUUGCUGCAUUAUAAAAAUGGCAAUGUUUUUGAUCAUGUUCCUAAAAUAAAGUAUUUUGAAGUUCAAA